CGGCGGCCCAAAAAUAAUAUGGCCUUAAUCGGCUGUUUGGCAUCUUUGAUUAAUUGAUUCCCGAAUUUGCAUCUCCCAUUUCUGAACCACGAAAUCGCAACACAGCACUAACCUGAAAGAGUUGCAGAGAAGAAGGAAUCCACGUUACCGCUGCUGCUUGUCGUUGCACCUGGCUUGGUAGAAAUGGCAGCAUUCUUGGCUCGGAAGUCACUUCUUGCUCUUCGUACCCGCCAGCUGGCUGUAGCUGGUCAAGGGCUGCAUAACUCACAAAACUAUGCCCUGCGAUUCAAUGCACACUCCUUCUCUACCAAAAAAGAAGAUGAAGAAAGAGAGCAACUAGCUAAGGAACUUUCAAAGGAUUGGAGUUCUGUUUUUGAGCGUAGCAUCAAUACCCUGUUUCUGACUGAAAUGGUUCGGGGUCUAAUGUUAACGCUGAAAUACUUCUUUGACACAAAAGUCACAAUCAAUUAUCCAUUUGAGAAAGGCCCUUUGAGCCCUCGUUUCCGUGGUGAACAUGCACUGCGACGAUAUCCAACAGGAGAGGAACGCUGCAUUGCUUGCAAACUUUGUGAAGCUAUAUGUCCUGCACAAGCAAUCACAAUUGAGGCUGAGGAACGAGAAGAUGGCAGUCGCAGGACAACUCGGUAUGAUAUUGACAUGACCAAGUGCAUCUAUUGUGGAUUUUGUCAAGAGGCGUGCCCUGUUGAUGCCAUUGUUGAAGGGCCAAACUUUGAAUUUGCUACAGAGACUCAUGAGGAGCUACUUUAUGACAAAGAGAAGCUACUUGAGAAUGGAGAUCGAUGGGAAACUGAAAUAGCGGAGAACCUGAGAUCUGAAAGCCUUUAUCGCUGAUUGUUCUCGGGUAGUUGAGUUUUGAUAAAUAAUAUGAUCAGUGUAUGGUCGUAAAGAUUUGUAUGUAUUAAUGGAUUUGUUGCAUGAGUUUUUUGUUUUAUGUAUCGUUGCGUUGGUAGUAAGGAUGCAUGGUGAUGAUAUUUAUCAUCUUGAGAUGUUGAACAAAUGAAAUAAUUGAAGAACUAGAUGUCAUUAAAGCUUCCAACAAAAAAAAUAGAUGAUACAUCUUUAA